GAUAAGCACUAAGAUGGAUCUCAUUCAUGGUGAGGGAGUGAGUGAGUUAUUUCAGGGUCAGUGUCAUUUGUUCAACCACAUUUUUAGCUACAUAGAUUCCAUGUCACUAAAAUGUGCAAUUCAGCUAGGCAUUCCUGACAUAAUCCACAACCAUGGCCAACCCAUUACUCUCCCAGAGCUAGUCUCUAAGCUUCAUAUUCAUCCCAACAAAACUAGCUGUGUGCACAGGCUUAUGCGACUGUUGGUGCGAUCUGGCUUCUUCACUAAAACAAUAGUUCAUGAAAACCAAGAAAAAGAAAAAGAAGAAGAAGCCUAUACUCUCACACCUUCUUCUAGGCUCGUCCUCAAGGAUAAUGGCCCUAGCUUCUCAACAUAUGUUCUGGCAAUGCUUGAUCCUGUUACUUUAAGCCCAUGGCAGUUCCUGGGAGAUUGGUUUCAGGGGAGUGAGCUCACACCCUUUAAGAAAACACAUGGGAAGGGUUUCUGGGACCAUUGCAACCAAAGCCCAGAAUUCAAUGACUAUUUCAAUGAAGGAAUGGCCAGUGAUUCCCAAAUGAUGAACUUGGUUAUUAAGGACUACAAGCCCAUUUUUGAGGGUUUAGGUUCAUUGGUUGAUGUUGGAGGUGGUACUGGGACAAUGGCAAGGAUUAUUUCUGAGACAUUUCCUCACAUGAAAUGCACUGUGCUUGACCUCCCACAUGUUGUUGCAAACUUGCCAGAUAGUAAAAAUCUGAAAUAUGUUGGUGGCGAUAUGUUUCAGUAUAUCCCUCCUGCAGAUGCUAUUCUAUUCAAGUUUAUUUUACAUAAUUGGAGCGAUGAGGAAUGUGUCAACGUACUGAAAAAUUGCAAAGAGGCUAUCAUGGGCAAAGGUAAGGAAGGAAAGGUAAUUAUCAUGGACAUCAUGAUAAAUGAGGAGAAGGAUGAUCAUGAUGUUACCACAACAAAGCUCCUCCUUGAUGCAGUAGUGAUGGUUUUGCUCACUGGAAAAGAGAGAAACCAGAAAGAAUGGGAGAAGCUGUUCUUGGAGGCUGGCUUUUGCCACUACAAAAUUGUGUCAUCAUUUGGCAUGAAGUCCCUCAUUGAGGUUUAUCCUUAAGAAAUAAACACAUACAUGUGUACGUUAAGCUGGCAAAGAUUGUUGACAUAUAGUUAUUAUGUGUUAAGCAUGAUGCCUUAGAAUAAUGCUUGCGAGCAUAGGAAUUAAACUUCUAUCAAUCUUGAAUCUGCCUAUUAUGGUAAGAUAUCAUAAUUAAGCAUAAUAAAUUGUGCUUUAGUA